UUUCUCAAAGACACAAGUGUUAAGUGCAGUGAAAAAAAGGAAAAAUGUCACGUUUGAAUUUAUUGUGUAUGUUUACAUUCUGGACCUGUUUUGCUGCAAGAGAACCACCCACCGUUGAUAUCCCUGGCCAAGGGCGCAUCAUGGGGAAAGAAAUUUCCAGAUAUAGAUCUCAGAAAAUAAUCGGAUAUUACGGAAUUCCCUAUGCACAACCACCCAUAGAUGACCUCAGAUUUGCGCCCCCUGACACCACGAACCCGGUUUCUUGGGAAGGAGUGCGCAAUUUGACUGACUACAUGCCUGCCUGUCUCCAAACAGAGAGCGAUAUUCGAGAGGAGGCUAAGCCUUUUCUUCAACUUAUCUACCCUUCGUACACCAAUUUGACGACAGAUGAGGAUUGUUUGUAUCUCAACGUUUUUGUUCCUUUCGGCAAGCCCCCUGCUGGCGGCUACGCCACCAUAAUGUGGAUCCACCCUGGCAACUACACAACGGGUUCGCCCUCCAUGUGGAACCCCCACACUUUAGUCUACCGCUACCGCGUAAUCCUUGUCACCUUCGCUUGGCGGUUGGGCAUCAUGGGUUUCUUUACCACGAUGGAUGGUGAAGCCCCUGGAAACUUCGGCUUAAUGGACCAACAAGCAGCGAUGAUGUGGGUGAAGAAAAACAUCAAACUUUUUGGUGGAAAUGAAGAUAAUAUAAGUUUGAUGGGGUAUGGAACUGGGGGCGUCAGUGUGGGGAUACACAUGGUGAACCCACAAUCACGCGAAUAUUUCCAUAAGGCGAUUGUGAUGAGUGCGAAUUUUUUGAACCCUUCUGUCAUCAAGAAUCCGCAAGAAGAUAAGAGUUUGUUGGAUCAUUUAGCGAAGUUUUCGGGUUGUAUUAGGAAGCCCACAAGUCGGCUUAUUGAGUGUUUGAGACAGCUUGAUGGCAAGCCUUUGGUUGAGCAAACGUCGAAUAUUAACUGGAGACCUCUUCUGGAUGCCGGUUUAAGUAACAGUAGUACUUUUUUGCCCGAGCUUCCAAGGAAUUACUUUGAACGGGGCGAGUUUCAUAAAGUUCCAUUCCUGACGGGUUAUACCAACAAUGAGGAUAUUUUAGCAGUGACGACGAUGAUAGAUGAGUUUGAAACUGCUAAUAUCACAAAUGAAAACCUCCAAGAGUUACUUUCGGAAAUUGUCAGUAGUGACAUCCCUGUUAAUAACAAUACGGACUCUUGUGCUUACAACAAUGAGCAUUUGACUGACUCAGUAAUGUUUUUUUACGGUCCUGACGCCACUAACAAUAUUAAAGAUGUCGAUGCUUUGCGAAAAAUCGUGGGUGAUUUCACCACUGAACGAAGUCAUGGAGCUUCGACUUUUCUGCAUGCAACUUAUGUCAGUCGAGAGCAACCAACUUUUGUGUACCGGUGUGACUUAAAACCGGUCACCGAAAAGGCAAUCAGUAGUAUACCCUCGUGGGUAUCAGUUCCGCACUUGUAUGACUUGAUUUAUGUUUGGGGGGUUCCCUAUUGGCAAGAAUUCGACGGAAACAUUAAAUGGGAAUUGAGAGAUAAACGAGUCUCUGAGAUCAUAAUGACUUUUUGGACGAGUUUUGCCAAAAGUUCAGAUCCCACGAAUGGGAGUUUGUAUGCGAUAAGAUGGUUGCCGUUCACACAGGAUAAUCCACAGUUGAUGAUUCUAGAUGGCUCGUUUAAUAUGAGCGAUAAUAAAGUGUUGAAUUACAAAGCGUUCGAGUUUUGGAAUAAUUACUAUCCGAAAGUGUUGCAAAUUGCAACACAGUGUUGUAAUGCUACAGAUGGGUCUUUUCAUAUUCAAGCUUCCUACAAUGUACCAAUCUUUUCUCAAAUUUUUCUAUUUCUUUUACACGUUCUAAAUUGUGCCUUUCUUAUGUAAAAAUCUCAUAUCUUCGGAAAACUUCCUAGUAUGUAGAUAUAUAUAGUAAUAAUUUGUCACAGUGUAAAUAGUGGUUUAACUUAAUUAGACUGUCGUAGCUACGGCACCUCAAUUUUAUCACAACAUAAACAAUAAAUUUAUUUGAGAUGAAGUAGCUAUUCAUUAGUAGUUAAAUUUCAUGUUCUAACAUUUUUAACUACUUGUGAAAAAAUACAUAUCUUUGAUUUUGUACCUAUAAUAAUGAUAAUUGAUAAUAGGAGAUGA